AUGGUGGAGGAAGACAACGAAUUUUUGAGCGCCGAAGACAAAUCAAUUGAUUACAAAAGGGCAACUUCUAUAUAUGAUUUUGUCGAAACUGAUAUAAAUGGCGAAGAAGUAAGAUUCGACAAAUACAGAGGGCAUGUUUGUCUUAUUGUCAAUAUUGCGACCAAAUGUGGACUGGCUUUGACUAAUUUCCAGCAGCUGGCUGAACUCAAAUCGCGAUUUUUUGAACAAGGACUGAGAAUUCUCUGCUUCCCCAGCGAUUCCUUCGGCAUGGAACCAGGAACAAGUGAAGAAAUCAAGACUUAUUUAGAAGACCUUGGUCUGGACAUCGGGGAUGUGUUUCAGAAAACUGAUGUCAACGGUUCUUCUGGAUGCAAUUUAUGGAAAUACCUGAAGCGAAGAAAAUCUGGUACAUUUGGAAGUUUUAUUAAGUGGAAUUUUACUAAAUUCAUAGUAGAUAUGACUGGUAAGCCUGUGGAAAGACAUGGUCCAUAUACGGAUCCAAUAGAAUUAGUGGCAGCGUUAGAGAAAUAUCUGCCUACUGAUCAGGAGAUGCAGGAUAUGAAGGAUGGAGGGUUCCAGAAUGAUACUACGCAAUAG